AUGGAAAAGGUUUGGCGUCGAGUUGGUCUCCAUUCCUCCCGCAAGAAAAGGGAUGGAAGUGGAACCAGCACAGAAGUGACGUCAUCCGCCCCGCCGGAGGCCGAGUAUCAGAAUAUCCACACGCUACGAACAGCUGAUUUGAUACGUCAGAGGCAGGGAGAGGAAAAGUCGACUUUGCGGUCGUCGUACAUUAUCAGAAACGGGGAUAACUUUAUUCUCGUUGAGAGAAGACGCCGUAGACGACGCAGAAGUGGUACUAGAGCCUCAUCUGGAGGAAGACAUCAUACACCACCCGUCGAGGAGACAAAUACUCGCACAGAACAAAAGCGGCGCCCUCCUGCAAAGUUGAAAAUUUUCGGAAUUCAAUGGCCUUUACAUUCGAGUGAUUCGAGGCACACUUCAAUCGCUCGUCGGUUUUGCCGCGGUCGGCGCUCGCGGGAGGACAACGAACUUUACCGUUCCAACAGCUUUAAGUUCGAGAGGUUUGCUCGGGAACCACCCGCAGACGAGUUCACAACUAGCUCACAGGUAGAGUUGCUGCAAUUUAUAAUUAUAACUUUAUUUUCAAAAAUUAUGUAUAUAUAG